GGUGCCUUACGUAGUUAGAAUAAAAAUAAAUUUAUAGAACUAAUUAGUAAUGGUACGAGCAGUUUGAAAUGAAAUUGUGUAUAGAUAAUUUGUGAUUAAAAUAAAGUUUCAAUAUGUUGACUAAACGGUUUUUAGAAUCAUUAAAACAUCUUUAUUCUGUUAUAAGAAAAAACCUUUUUAAGUGUGUCCUAAGAAGAACUUCAGUUAAUGGUCGUGUUUUCUGCAGCUUAUUAUUAAUCAGUGUCGUAAUUUAUUACUUCAGUGUGGAAAAAAAGUUGCUUAAUUUUGAUGGUAAAAAAAUAUUGAAAAUGUCGAAUCUGAGUGAUCACAUGUCGAUCGUAUCUCAAUAUUAUGAAAUGAGAAAGUCUUGGAAGACAUCAAAACUUGGAUCUUUGUUGUUCAAAAAUGAAACUUUCGACCUUCACAAGCAAAACAAAACAUUCAUAAUAUUAGUAUGGAAAUAUUGGAAUUGGCUUCGACAACGACAUGGUCGACUGAUGAAUCAAAGCAAAGAUAAGGCAACUUUACUCAGCUGCGAUGUUAAAAACUGCGUAUUUACUGGCAAUGAUAGUCUAAUUGACUCGGUUGAUGUUGUUCUUGUGCAUAUAAUGCGUGAAGUUUACCCUGAGGUCCAAAAUAGAAGUAUAAAUCAGAAAUGGAUAUUCCUCAAUGAUGAGUCGCCACAACAUGCUUUCAUGUAUGGCUCAAGUCUAAAAAAAAUAUUUGAUUUGUCAAAUUUUUUUAAUUGGUCUAUGACCUACAGAAGUAAUGCGGACGUCCCGGUUCCUUACGGUCGCACAGUGGCUUUGGACGUGCCAGUAAAAGAAAACGUUACGUACGAAUCUAUUGCGGAAUUGAUUCCUAACUUUCAGUACAAACGUUCUGACGUCCUUGUGGCUGUUGCCAUGUCAAAUUGUCACGUACCAUUCAGAAUGAAAUUUUUGGAGGAAAUGCAAAAGUAUAUCAAAAUUGAUAUUUAUGGCAAGUGUUCGCCAAACCGUUUGUGGUGUAAUGAUAGCUGCAAAGAUAUUAAUCAAUAUUAUUUCUAUCUUGUCAUGGAAAAUUCAAGAUGCCGCCAGUAUUUGUCAGAAAAAGUAUUUCAUUUCGCAUAUGGAAAAGGUGCAAUCCCCAUAAUAUUGGGAGCUCCUCCUCGCGACUGUAAAACUUUAUUACCUCCAAAUUCUUACUUACAUGCCAAAUUAUUCUCACACAAGGAUCUGGCAGAUAAAAUCAUAAGUAUUAUUCACAAUGAAAAUGACUUUUUCUCAUAUCAUCUUUGGAGAAAUCAUUUUGAAGUUUUAAAUGAACAUGGAUACUUUGGAAGUAAGUCUUACCAUUUGUGUAGAUUAUGUGAAGCGUUGAACUAUAAUGACGACAAGCGAAAGAUAUAUAAAUUGGAUGACAUGCGCCACAUGUUAGAUAGUAAAGCUUUGUGUAGGUUGAAAUGAUCAUGCAAGGAUUGCCUUUCAUAAAUAAACAUAACAUACUGAUUAUUAUAUUAUUACUUAGAGAAAUACACGACU